CAGUAAUGUUGUAACAGAGGUUGUGCUUCCGUCUUAGGGCUGCCAUCUGAAAAAGUAAGUCAAGGGUGCAAUGCGCAUAUUUAGCCGUUUUUUUCCCAGCUCUAUUUAAACAUGGUAUAGAAGGACCACCUCACGGCAAACACGUACCGACGUUAAUUUCGGAGUUGCACUCGUAGUCUAGUGCUGCAGUUCUGGCCGUUAAUUUGCAUGACAGGACACCAACUCAGACGUCUGAGGUGGAUUCACGGUUGCUUGAGUGCAUCUGUCUGAGAGCAAAUGUCUAAGGUGGUGAUUGUGGAUCUUUUUCAUAGUCAUUGUCCUCAGUACAAUGACUGCCUGUGGAAAAGUAUAAAGAAAGCAACAACUGUCAUAGGCAAUAGCAGGUACAGUCAUGUGUAUCUUAUGCUUCACAAACAUGACCAGACCUCUGCAGAACACAACGGAAACCGUGUCCUACAACUGGAUGAGUUUUUCAGUCAAAAUGAGAAUACUCGCGUUUUGGAAUACGACUCCCAGGCAGCUUCAUUGUACCGCUUCAAGCAAGACGUGGACGAGCUCGACCUGAGCGCUAUACUGGUUUUAACCUCCACCCGGAGGUUAGCAGAGCUGCAGGCCUUCCAGGAUCAGCUGUUUACGGCCGUUUACAACUUCGAAUAUACAGCCGUCUUCGAUGAGUGUCCUGUUUAUGGCGCUACAACCUUCACCAACUCAAUGCAGUCGGAGGUCAGGGAUCAGGUCGCUACUUUUAUGCGCCAGCUACCAGCGCUCAAAGGAGAGAUUUCCAUCCUCAAGUCGUCUUUAAUAUCAGACUGUUUCUCCCACGGUUUCACCACCAGAACGGGAGGCAUCUCCUGCAUCCGAACCCUCAGCUCCCUCAACCUCUUCAGCAGCUUCCGCCGCAGAGACCCCAAGGCUGUCGUUGCAGAAAACCUCAGACGCUUGGGCCUCCGGGCUGGUUUUGACCCUGACAAGUUCCACCUCAUAAAAACAGACCACGCCAGCGAUGUGUGGGUGAUGGGAAAGCCGCCACCUGAGAGCUAUGAUGGAAUCGUAACCAACCGACCCGGGGUGAUCAUUGCGGCCCCAGGGGCAGACUGCAUGCCGCUGCUCUUCACUGACCCCGUGGCAAAGGUCAUUGGUGUGGCUCAUGCAGGAUGGAAAGGGACCUUAAUGGGCGUUGCCAUGGCAACAGUGAACGCCAUGGUAACUGAGUUUGGCAGCAAGGUGUCUGAUAUUGUUGCGGUAGUUGGCCCUUCUGUGGGACCCUGCUGCUUCUCACUGGAGAUGGAAUCGGCACAAAAGUUCCACGAUAUUCAUCAAGACUGUGUCAGAGCCAAGGGGUCAACAAUGGCCUACGUUGACAUCAGACUGGCUACAAGAAUUCUUCUCCAGCAAGGUGGGCUCCUCCCCGAUCACAUCCAGGACAACACUGUGACUGACAGGCCCAACCUCACCCUGUGCACCGCCUGCCACCCUGACACCUUCUUCUCCCACGUCCGCGACGGGAACAACUUUGGCACACAGAUCGGUUUCCUGUGGAUAAAGGACUCGAAUGAAAGUCAUCAAUAAAGCGAUGAAAAAUUUUGGUGCAGGCUACAGUAGUCAAGACACAAUCAAAUCGUGCUGCAACAUUAGGACAUAAAUUUGUGAUUAUUAUUAAUAAAUGCUGAUCUUUACAGAGACUGCAUAAAUGUGUCAUUUUGCAUUCAGCCGUUUUAGUGGAGGAGUGAUUGUUCCAUGCCCUAAUCAGAGAUUUCAGAUGCUGUGGGCCCCACAGAAACUGCCUGCUAGUGUGGGGAAUAAGAACAGUGUGGUUGUGUCCUUGAGACAGGAGGAAAAGGGUGUAUUUACAGGGACAGUGAUUUAGCUGGCUGCUGGAGAAAUGUGUCACACAAAUCAAAGGCAGAGGACACCUUUGGCAUGGUGUCUUCAAUCAAGGGCUUUACUCUGCACAGAAAAUGAAAUGAAAUUAGAAUGAGAAAUGAAAAUAGGACAGAUUAGAUUCAAAGGGGAUGGGCCGUCUGGAUUUGCCCUCAAU